AUGGCUCCGAUCAACGUUGAUGUCGUAAACGGUAGCAAGGUCGAGUCUUCUGCUAAAAAGUCUCUACCUGAAGUGGAAACCGAUAGUAAUGGACAGGAACACAAGAGGUACUCUUAUGAGACGUUGGUGGAGAUUGCGAACUUCCUGCUCGCAAAGACUUCGGUGAGACCUACAAUAGGAGUUAUAUGCGGCUCUGGGAUGGGUUCGUAUUGGAACGAGGGAUCCUUAGCUGAAACGAUAAAGGAUGCGCAAUGUAUUCCAUACGAGGAAAUCCCAAAUUUCCCGGUCAGUACAGUGGAAGGGCAUCAUGGACGCUUGGUUUUUGGUUAUCUCGCUGACGUCCCAGUAGUUGCUAUGCAAGGUCGUUUCCACUAUUAUGAAGGCUAUCCACUUUGGAAGUGCUGCUUACCAAUUAGAGUAAUGAAACUUCUUGGGGUACAAACCCUCAUCGCCACAAAUGCAGCUGGCGGCCUUAAUCCCAGUUACAAAAUCGGCGAUAUUAUGAUUGUUAAAGACCACAUCAACAUGAUGGGUUUCGCUGGAAACAACCCUUUACAUGGACCGAACGACGAAAGAUUCGGACCCAGAUUUCCACCUAUGAGUAAGGCCUACAAUUGCGAGUACAGGAAAAUUGCUAAAGAGGUUGCGAAGGAACUAAACAUAGAAAAUCUUGUAAAGGAAGGCGUGUAUACGUGUUUGGGGGGUCCUAAUUUUGAAACGGUAGCUGAAUUGAAAAUGUUGAAAAUGGUAGGAGUCGACGCUGUAGGCAUGUCCACCGUACAUGAGGUAAUAACAGCGAGACAUUGCGACAUGAAAGUUUUUGGUAUGUCCUUGAUUACGAAUGAGUGCGUAACUAGCUAUGACUUGGAUGCUGAACCCAAUCACGAGGAGGUCUUAGAUGUAGGGCGUAUGCGACAGGAUAUACUCCGUAAAUAUGUAACACUAUUAGCAGAAAGAUUUGCAAAGGUCAAGUCAAACGAAAAGCCUUGAAACUAGAUGUUUUAAAAGUGCGUUACACACCAUAGCAGUACCAAACUGAAACAAAUUGAAGUCACUUGACAUUUCAAAAUAUAGGUAUACAGAUAUGUGUUUGUAUCCAUUAAAAUAAUAAUACAGCUCAUAAAGUAAAAUAGAGGUGUAUAAUUCCCCAAAUGAAAGAUUAAAAAAAAAAACCACUGGGAUAACUUUUUUUGUAUUUUUUCUGUUUAGUAAAACUAUUUUUGGGUUUUUACUUUGAGUCUAGUACUACUCAAUAUCAAUAAAAAAAUAUAUUUUUAACAAGAACAAAUCCAAGAAAACUAUGAAUCAUUAUAUUUUUAUUAUAUACAUGUAAAUUUUUGUAUACCUGACAAUAAAUUAAUCUUAGGUAUGUCGCAUGAACAAUUGAACAAAUAAUUUUCAAUUAGAACAUAUUUCAUUAUGUUUGUAACUUUAUUAUAUUUUAAGUACGUAAUUUAUUCAGGAAUAUGUAGUUAAUCCAAAAUUGUUAGUUAAAUAAAUUGAAGUUUUAAUUAUUAUUUAAUAAUAAAAUAAUAAAUAUUUUACUUGGAUGAAUGUGUAAAUUUUUACUGUAAUUUUAAUACUUUAGCGUAAAACUUUACUACCGGUGAUGGGUCUGUAAUACUCUGUAAUUCCAAAUCCAACACCCGAAAAGUGCAGUGUCGACUGACUCUCUAUCAGUCGGGUAAUUGAUCUUAACGGAGUUGCAGUUUGUCAUUGGUCAUACAAAUUUGUGACAGAUGCCUGUCUGUAUCUCUCGGCGUUAUUUGGGACUAAAUUACUUCCUAUUAAAAUAUUUUUUUAAAUUCAAAA